AUAAGGGAGCACCUGAUGCGCUUCAACAUAUUUUGUUCGUGCUUCAAAACAGUGAAAAGGUGUUAACAGUUUUUGUACACAAUGGAUGAAUUUCCAACGUGUAACCUCGACUACCUUCCAGAAAACAUUUUGAUUGACGUGCUAUCAUAUUUGAGCGUGCGCGAGCUUGUCAGAGCUGGGAGAGUGUGUAAGAGAUGGAGACGUCUCGUAAAGGAUCAAAAAUUGUGGAGACUUGUGGACUUGACAGCGUGGAAAGGGAUGACAUCACGUAUCCUGUGGGUCCUUCUGCGCCAGUAUCUGGGUUGUGGACUACGGUACUUACGCCUUCGGGGUUUGCUUCUCUCUGUCCGAGGCGGCACCUUCCUCUCUGAGGCUUGGCUUAAAGCUUUGUCCACAAAGUGCCCCCGCAUGAGCAAGCUCUACCUUCUGCAUGCCGACUUGAGAAGCCUCCCCAGCUGCCAGCUCCUGCCGCCAUCCUUGAAAGUGCUGGAGCUGCAAGGCUGUGAGCUGUCUCAGGGUUUCUUCAACCAAGAUCCACCCACUCCGUCUCAAGAGACGACUUCCAGCGCCAAACAGAAAGGAACGAGACAUUGCGCGCCAUCUGGGAUUUCUAUUGAAUGUUUAAUCCUCAACAAUGUUCCCUCUUUUAAGGACCAACACCUGCAGAGUCUUACAUCAUGGGAGAGGCUCAGUCGACUGGAGCUGUGCGACACGUUUCGCGUGACUGCAAACGGACUUCGAGGCUGUGCCGCCAAGGAAGGAGUCUGUGGCUUGGAAGGCCUAUUUCGCCUUAAGUUUCUGGAAAUGAGCAUCACCACGCGGCAGGGCUACCAAAGGCCAAUGGCCUCCUUAGGUUUAGAAACGGGAUGGCUCGGGCUGGAGGAGCUCAGCCUCGGUGGCAAGGAGGUGGCACCAGGGUUCCCCUAUGCCAGCCGCCUGAAGGACCUGAAGCGCCUCACCCUGAAGGCCUGCACUCUCGACGAGUUGCAGGUAGUGCACAACUGCAAAAUGCUGCGCGGUCUCCCCGGCUUCCUCAGACUGGAGUUUUUGGAUGUGGUCUUCCAGCCGCGCCGGUGCUCACCUGAGAGGGCGGGCGACGGCGAAGGGGAACAGGAGCAGGAGGGCGAGGAGGAGGUUGCGGACUCUGAUAAGGGUGACAACGGCAACAAUGAAAACAAACCGGAUAAACUGAUCCAAAAUCUGCGCCGCUUGCUAGCUGUCAUGCUGCCGUGCUGCACGCUGACCUUCAACAAUUGCUCUGUUCAACUCAACUCAAAUCUUGGCUCAAAUUUAUUUAUAUAGCACUUUCACAGCUGACGCAGCUCUAACAAAGCUCUCACUGUACACCAAACUUAAAAUAAAAAUAGAAUUAUAGAUAACCAAACAAAA